CGGCGUGAGGGAGGCCCCACUCUAUUCUCGGCUGGGCAGGCCCUGGGUUUCGGCCGUGUCAUGGCGGGCGGCGAGUUGCGGGCGGCGCUUGAGCAGCGGCUGGGGGCCCUAGACAUUCACACCGAGGUCGUGGAGCACCCUGAGGUAUUUACAGUUGAAGAAAUGAUGCCACAUAUCCAGCAUUUGAAAGGAGCACAUAGUAAGAACUUAUUUCUUAAAGACAAAAAGAAAAAAAGCUAUUGGCUAGUGACAGUUCUUCAUGAUAGACAAAUUAAUUUAAAUGAUCUUGCCAAGCAGUUAGGUGUUGGGAGUGGAAAUCUGCGCUUUGCUGAUGAAACAGCCAUGCUAGAAAAACUCCAAGUUGGCAAAGGCUGUGCCACACCGUUGGCACUCUUCUGUGAUAAUGGAGAUGUGAAAUUUGUUCUGGAUUCUGCAUUUUUGGAAGGUGGACAUGAAAAGGUGUACUUUCAUCCAAUGACCAAUACUGCAUCUAUGGGGUUGAACCCUGAAGACUUUCUCAAAUUUGUGAAGACAACAGGACAUGAUCCUAUAAUACUAAAUUUUGAUAAAAAUGACUGAUUUGACUGUUUAGAAUACAUUUUUGAAAGCUGAUUUUCCUAUUUGUAAUAUAUAAGUAGCAUUAAAAGUGCUAAGAAUAUUUAGCACCUUGGUUUGAUGACUACCUAAAAUCAUUUGAGGACUGUUUCAUCUCCUUAGUUGGAACUAUUUUUAAAUAUAUGUAAUGAUUAGUUUUAGUUGAAAAAGAUUCCAUUCUCAUCUCUACCCCUAAUGAGUUACUCUCAUUCCAGGACUGCCUUCAAACAAUUAAGAAUAACAUCAAAACUAAGUAAAAUUAGUUAUAACUUCUUCAUAGUGUUCAUUAUAAAAGAAAGUUGCAAAAAGAGCAUGUAGAAAAUUUUACACAUGGUAGUGUACAUAGGGAAAAAAUCAAAAGCAAUGUAUUGAAACUGACAGUGGCGGUCUUUGGAGAGUGGAGUUUAAAGAGUAAGCUCUCUAACAAGAUAAUUUAAGAAAAACAUAGCAGGAUGGGGCAAAUUUUCCAUUAUAGGAUUCUUUUUAAAACUGUUUCUCUUCCAGUGAAAAAUAAGCUAUUAAAUUUUUUCUAAGAGAAAGCUUAUUUUUA